AUGGUGACCGAGCUAGAGGAGACAGAGGACCUGGAGACCAUCCACCUGGAGCCACGCCCACCACUUCGUAUUGAUGUGAGUCAGACUGACCACCACAGCCAAGCAUUACCAGUCACUAUCACUAUAAUAGAGUGAUUAUUACACUGUAAUAACGUUUUGUUGUUGUUAUCAAGUCCCUCUCCAUCAGUGUCUUAUCCAAAAGCUCAGACUGCCUCAGAGGCUUAUCAUUUAGCUCUUGACUCUAACCUUAAUUUAGAGCACUAAAGCCUUGACCCCUGACUAAUGGUCACCUGACUCUCCACAGGAUCUCCCUGACCUGGAGGAUGUGGACGUUGAAGAUCCAGACAGCACCUGCAUCUUCUCCUCUCAGGUACAUUACAUACCACACACUAGGCUGUAACUAUGAUUACCCAAAAGAAAUAAUACCUUUAGCAUUUAUUGUACAAUAGUCAGCAGGUAUAUUCCAAAUACUGUACACACAAUUAGUCUCUCAAUUAGUCUCAAAUACUAAUAUUUUAUUAGGUCAGCACAGAGUGUAUUUAAUUUGGGUCAGCUGUGUUGUGUCUGAAUUGACCACCUGUGUUUCCAGCGAGUAUUCCGGCCAAAGAUAGAGGUAAUUUCAGGGGACAACAACGAUGAAGACCCAAUCAUACAUCAGAUUGGGACAGUGUGGACCACAAAGACCACACCCACCUCAGAUCCAUGCUCACAUUCACUGUUCAGAGUCUGUGACAACACAUUAAACAAAUCGCCCACCAAUCACCUAGUAGCAUUGGACCCAGAGGCGGGGGAUGCCCCAGAGCAGGUGAUAUCAGAACCUCAGGGAGAACCCAGACAGAGGCAGAGCCCUGAAGCCAGCAAACCACGUUGUCUCAUUGAGGAGCUGGACUAA